CAGAGGUCACUGCAUUAUAUUUGAGAAGAAAGGAAAUGUCCAAUUUAUAAUAUUUUUCUACUUUCAAGGACUUUUAUUUAACUAGUUUAGAAGUUUUUUUUUAUCUAAGUAGUAUCUAAGUUUUUCUUCAUUAUACUGAGAAGGUUGUUCUUCCUUCAGGGCUGCAGCCAUGCAGCAGGAGCUGUUGUUCAAAGUGUUGGUCAUUGGGGACCUGGGGGUCGGGAAGACGUCCAUCAUCAAGCGGUACGUCCAUCAGAUCUUCUCCCAGCACUACAGGGCCACCAUUGGGGUGGACUUCGCCCUGAAGGUGCUGCAGUGGGACCACGACACGGUGAUCCGGCUGCAGCUGUGGGACAUAGCAGGACAGGAGCGGUACGGGAACAUGACUCGUGUCUAUUACCGGGAGGCGGUGGGAGCACUUGUGGUGUUUGACGUAUCGAGGGCCUCUACGUUCGAUGCUGUGCUGAAGUGGAAAGACGACCUGGACUCAAAGGUGACUCUAACCAAUGGGAGGCCAGUUCCCGCUGUGCUCUUGGCCAAUAAGUCCGACCAACUGGGUUCCCAGCAGCCCAAACUCGACUCCUUCUGCAGGGACAAUGGCUUCGUCAGCUGGUUCGAGACCUCUGCAAAGGAAAACACAAACAUCGAGGAGGCGGCCCGCUGCUUGAUCAAGCACAUCCUGGACAUAGAGGAGAGUCCAAUGUCAGAGAGAGACCCCAGCUCCCUCACCCUGUCCGGAUACGCCAACGCCACGAAGGAUCACCUCAAGUGCUCGUCAUGUUCGAAAUGGUGACGAGUCUCCGCCCAAUCCAAGUAGAUAACGGCUGUGAGGCCACAGAGAUAUGUUCAGCUCUAUUCCAAAAGAUUCAUAAACAUGUGUUGUUAUUUAAUAUUUAACCAAGUUUAGAACUAUUGGAAAUACUCAACUCUUUGGACUUUGUCAGAAACCGAAACGUAUAUUUCACAGCCAUUGUUUGCCUUCCUUUUCCACCACAGAACUU